AUGGAUUACCCCAAAAUGGAUUAUUUCCUGGAUGUCGAGUCUGCUCAUAGACUCUUGGAUGUUGAGUCGGCUCACAGACUCUUGGAUGUUGAGUCGGCUCAAAGAUUCUUCUACAGUCAAGGAGCUCAAGCUCGCCGGGCGACCCUGCUCCUGCCUCCCACCUUAAUGGCGGCAUCUUCGGAGGAUGAUAUAGACCGGCGGCCCAUCAGGAGAGUCCGCUCCAAGAGUGACACGCCGUACCUCGCGGAGGCCAGGAUUUCCUUUAACCUGGGGGCAGCUGAGGAAGUGGAGAGGCUGGCGGCAAUGCGUUCUGACUCCCUCGUCCCAGGUACCCAUACCCCACCCAUUCGGAGGAGAAGUAAGUUUGCCAACCUGGGAAGGAUUUUCAAGCCUUGGAAAUGGAGGAAGAAGAAAAGCGAAAAGUUCAAGCACACAUCUGCAGCCCUGGAAAGGAAAAUAUCAAUGAGGCAAAGCAGAGAGGAGCUGAUAAAACGAGGAGUCUUGAAGGAAAUUUAUGACAAAGAUGGGGAGCUCUCCAUAUCCAACGAGGAGGACUCCCUGGAAAACGGACAGUCCCUGAGCGCCAGCCAGCUGUCUCUGCCCGCCCUGUCCGAAAUGGAGCCCGUCCCGAUGCCCAGAGAUCCCUGCUCAUACGAGGUGCUCCAACCUUCAGACAUCAUGGAUGGGACAGUGUCUGAAGAGAGUCCCUCUGCCAGUGAGUCUGGAGUCCUCCUGUCCCAAGAUCCUUCCGCCAAACCAGUCCUGCUACUGCCCCCCAAAAAACCUGCUGCUUUCCCUGGAGACCAUGAGGAGACCCCAGUGAAGCAGCUGCCCCUCCUCAAGCAGCCCCCCGCCCUGCCUCCCAAACCCACAGCCAGGAUUGCCAACCACUUGACAGAUCCUGGCGCCCCUGUGAAAUUGCCUUGUCUGCCAGUGAAACUGUCACCUCCGCUACCUCCAAAGAAAGUCAUGAUCUGUAUGCCUGUAGGAGGGCCAGACCUCUCGCUGGCAUCCUAUGCAGCCCAGAAGAGCGGCCAGCAGGGUGGAGCCCAGCACCACCACACGGUCCUGCCGUCCCAGAUCCAGCACCAGCUGCAGUAUGGCAGCCUUGGCCAGCACCACCCCUCUGCCAGCGGCUCCCUCCCCAUGCACCCCUCCAGCUGCAGGAUGAUAGAUGAGCUGAAUAAGACGCUGGCCAUGACCAUGCAGAGGCUGGAAAGCUCUGAGCAGCGGGUCCCCUGCCCCACUUCUUACCACAGCUCCGGUUUGCACUCGGGUGAUGGUAUCACAAAAGCAGGACCUCUGGGCCUUCCAGAAAUAAGACAAGUGCCAACUGUUGUGAUUGAAUGUGAUGACAAUAAAGAAAAUGUGCCUCAUGACUCAGACUACGAAGACUCUUCCUGUCUCUACACAAGGGAAGAGGAGGAGGAGGAGGAAGACGAGGAUGACGACAGCUCAUUGUACACCAGCUCCCUGGCCAUGAAGGUGUGCCGGAAGGACUCCUUAGCCAUCAAACUCAGCAACAGGCCCUCCAAGCGAGAGCUAGAAGAAAAGAACAUCCUUCCCAGGCAGACGGAUGAAGAGAGGCUGGAGCUGAGGCAGCAGAUCGGCACCAAGCUCACCAGGCGGCUAAGCCAGAGGCCUACUGCAGAGGAGUUGGAGCAGAGGAACAUUUUGAAACCUCGGAACGAACAAGAGGAACAAGAGGAGAAAAGGGAGAUCAAGAGGAGGCUAACUCGAAAGCUCAGCCAGAGGCCCACAGUGGAAGAACUUCGGGAAAGGAAGAUCCUCAUCCGCUUCAGCGACUACGUGGAGGUGGCUGACGCCCAGGACUAUGACCGCAGGGCCGACAAGCCGUGGACCCGCCUCACCGCUGCCGACAAAGCUGCCAUUCGGAAGGAGCUGAAUGAAUUUAAAAGCACUGAGAUGGAAGUUCAUGAGCUGAGUAGACAUCUAACAAGGUUUCACCGACCUUAACAGUCAAAUUCCUCUUGAGUGCUAUGCUGUCUUCAAAACAUAAAUUUAUAAGAACCAUAA